UCAAAUUCAGUUGCUUGAAUAAAUCGAAUGUAUGAAGAUAGUAAAAGCGGUUAAACUAUAAUUGUUAAUGAAAAGUAAAAGUUGCUCUCAGCACGCAAAUAACAGAACACAAAUAAUGUGCAAAUUGAAAUAUUAAAUUUAUAUUUAUGUAUGAAGAGAGUGUUUUGCAAUUUAUACAUAUUAAAAAAGGAGCAAAAUAAAGUGCAUAAAGAAUCGGGAUUGACAAAGGGUUCAAAAAAGGAGAUUAUUUUGCGCAAUGUUGGUGCAUCCUUUGAAUGUUGCAUUGUGUGUUUGCAUGCUUGUGUUUCGAUGUAAUCGACUCAUUAUAAAAUCAACCUGAAGUUAUAAGAGACAAAUUAACUUGAUACUUGAGUUAUUGUGAUAAUUGUCUUAUAAACAUAGCAGUACAAACGCAUAUGUGUGCAUAUUUAUUUGUAUGUGUAUGUGUUUAAUCGUUGCUGCUUUAUUCGCAAAAGAAAGUGAAUUGGAAGUGUUUUUAGUGCUUCUUGAUUGUGCACAAAUUGUGACGAAAGAAAAAGCGAAACAAAGGCUGUUGUGAAAAGCAAAAAAAAAAAACAAAAAAUACGCAAAAUAACGUAAAAAAAAGUCAGGGCCGUCUCCCGUCGACGCAAAACGUACAGGCCUUCGCAGGCGCAACGCAGAUGGCAAGCGAUAGACAGAUACAACACAAUACAGACAUAUUUACAAGUAAAUAAAUAUAUAAACUUUAAGCGGGGUGGCGCACAAACGGAGGCUGCGUAUGGCUUUGCUUGCAUAUGACAGCACUGCGCUAAAUUGAGUGAAAUAUGAAAAUUGACAUGUUUUCGUUUUAUAAAUAAAACCAAUUAGAUGUCGGGCUUUCGUAUGGAACAGGCGCGGUAUUUGAAGAAUUCGUACAAACACAUUUCUUUUCAUAAUUUUGUAUGACAUCUUCUCUUCCUACUCAGUUGAGUUCUUUACAAAAAUAACUGCAUAAUUCAGUACUCGAAUAGGAGUAAACAUUCCAACAUACAAAUGUUUAUAUGUACAUAUGUAUGACCGUAUAUAUUCAAAAAUACACUAAUUACCAAAUAAAAAAAUCAUGAAUGCAACUUUGAACUUUAACGCGAUAACAUCAAGUGGGCGGCAGCAAUGGUCGCUGCAUCAAAGUAACAAAAACAGCAAGACAGCAUACUACUGCGUACCCCAAGUUGCCACCCACACGACAACAGAUAGACAUAAUACUCCAAGCGAAAGUGAUAAUGAAGAAAGAAUGCAGAGUUUAUAUGAGCGCACUAAAGAUUCCUACACUUGCAAUAGCACACCUACCCGCACGCCGGCUAACUUCUUCGACGAAGAUCGUCUACUUUUAGAAAAGGCUUACCAGUCCCGCGCCAACUGUAACACAUUUCCGCCAAAGUCAUUGCAUAAAAGUAACAGUUAUAGCGGUAGCAUACGCCCCAAAACGAUCGUGCUCAAACAGAAUUACUCCAAUGGACGUAUUGCUACUAGUCUAACGGACGAUGAAAUUGUCACCAGCAGUUAUAGGGGUAUCAUUUAUGCAGCGACCUCACCCAACCUCGAACUCACCUCUAACACACUCAACAACUAUGAUAACGAUACGGCUGUCGAUCUCGACGAUGAACACGAUCUGCUUAUGCCGCCAACCGCUAACGUUUUCGGCGGUGUUGACGGCAAUUACAGCAGUAAUGCAACCGGUUCACGUCGCAAUACACGUGGUGCUAUUAAGGCGCGCAAUCGCAAUUGGUGCAGUCGAAAAAUUGUCAUUGGCUUCCUGUUGUUGUUGCUCGCAAUUGUAGCAUUUUUGUGUUUUGCCUAUCUGACGCGCGAUUACACAAAACAGUUUCUACUCUGGAUCGAAAUGCAAAAUCCAUGGAUUAUAGUGUCGAUACUGUUGGCAUCGUUUAUGAUUGUCAGCUUUCCAAUAAUAGUGGGUUACUUUGUGCUGAUGCUCACUUCCGGUUACCUGUUCGGCGCCAUAAAGGGCAUACUGAUCAUUGUAACGGGUGCGAAUGCGGGUAUAGCCGUUGUUCAUUGGACUGUGCGAAGUUUCCGACAUCGCAUCCCAGUUCAUAAAAUAAUUAAAAAUGAGACUGCACGCGCUAUACUGCGCGUCAUUUCGGGCCCAAAAGCAUUCAGAGUCGUGCUCUUUACGCGCCUAACGCCCAUUCCAUUUGGCGUGCAAAAUAUGAUUUUUGCAGUCAGUACAAUUAAUCCACGUGUCUAUCACACCGCCUCGCUUAUAGGACUGCUGCCGGCGCAGAUUAUCAACGCGUAUUUGGGCUCAACUUUGAGAUCUAUGCAGGAAGUGUUGAGCAACCAUGGCACGGCGGUGACAGGCUACAUCAGUUUUGGACUGGAGGUCAUUUGCGGUGUUGCGCUUAUGGUUUGGGUUAUACAAAAGGCGCGCAAGGAAUUGGCGCAAACGCUACUCUCCGACGUCAGCAACGAUGGCAAACUGAUCGAAAUCGAUGUGUGAUUGAUGUACCAUUUCAAGUACAAACCGUGCACGUUAGUGCGCGCUUCUAGCGACGUCGAGCUGUAUUCACUUUGCAAUAUGAAUAAACUUUAAAUGCUCAAAUCAAGCUCGAAAACCAAGGCUGGCUAUUGCCAGCCUUAGCUUAUGACUAUUACAUACUUCCUGCAAACGUUUGUGUAAACGUUAAACGCUCACUAUUAUAUACAAAUGAAAGACUAUUUUAUAAAAAAAAAAACAAAAUUGCUCUCUUAUUUUGAAAAGAAAAUUAUUCAUGUAUAAUUUGUUUACCUUUAGUUCGUAAAAACAUUCUGACAAAAAAUGUUAUAUUAUACAAAAAGAAAUAUAUAAUUAGAAGAAAAAAAAUUUAUAUAUUUUGUACAUUUCGAAGUAAAGCCAAAUUAAUAUUGUGUAUUUGUAAAAAUGCGUACUAUAAUAUUAUAAAUAAAAAAAUUGCACAUAUAUGUAUAUGUUUUAGCAGUAUAUAUAUGCAUUAAAGACAAGUAUUAGCGAAAUAAUUAUUCUUAAUACAUUACGUUUAACUAUUGAUAUGCAUAUUUUAAAUUAAAAAAUAUUUUUCAAAUUUUUGAUUGCAAUUUUUACAAUCAACUUCGUAUUUAAAAAAUAAGUAGCAUUUAAAUAUAUUCUAAAUAUUUGUUUGAAUUUGAAUACUUUUUUUAAUUUGAAAACUGUCACACUCGCUUGUAUGCUAUCUCUAAAAAACAGUCUGAGUUUAUGGAAAAAUAACCAAACUGUGCCUAUAACUUAUAUAAACCGUUACAAUAUGAUUUGAGCAUUUUCUGCUCUUUGAAAAACAGUUUAAAAUAUAUAUAUUUUUUAUAAUUUCCUGCA